AUGGACGAGCGUUUUGAACACAUCAGCAGACCUACCGCCGACGACCUAUACGAUGGGUCGUAUGCAUACGCCUACUCGUCUGCGUUCCAGGGUGACCAGGGCCCAGUCAAUCCCUCCGCUCUUCACUCAAUACAAUUCCCUGUGCAAGGCAGAGAACAGGAUCGGCAUACGGACACUGUAAACGUCGUUCCUCCUGAGUUCCGCAAUGAGAUCGCCACCUUGCUGCUGAGGAUAAUCCUGAAGUCAACGCAAGAUCCCGCGCUGAUAUCCGCAUCGCUAACGCAUUUCGUUGACCCCGACGUACGAAUCGUUAUCACCACAGAAUACACGCCUCGGUAUAAUCCCGGACAUCCUGUUAUGAAUGACACCGCCAUCAGUCCUCCCGCAGUCAUUGAUAAUUCUCCGAGCUUCGACGCUGUGGUCCACGAUCUAAUGGGACUUGACCUCGACGACAUGCAAGACGUCCCGCCCCAUGCUGGAUUCGGCGAUGCUGAUCCCUUCCCCAUGUACGUCUCUGAGGACCACGCCUUUGCCCAGCAGCAGGCGCAUCAAGCGGAGUACGCCCCCUAUGCUACACCCUCGUACUCGUACGACGUAAAUGCAUACCACACCGACACGAUUCCAUUCAACCCCACAACUCCGAGUCCCACUCUCAAUAGCGUGGACGUCGGGACCCCCGGAGAAGGUCACGAGAAGUGCCAAUGGGCCGGCUGUGGGAAAGACCUCCCGUCAUUCACGCGCAAGGACAUCAAAACACACCUCGAGGCGAUCCAUCUCUGCGGUGCGGGAGAGGGACUUCCUAACUCCAAAGUCCGAUACGGUGCAGUGCUCGAAGUGUUCAGAGAGGCUGUGCCGUCGAGACGCUCUCACAAGGCACAUGCGAACGGUACACCGAGAUGCUUGUCCUGA